GGGUAAUUGCGGCUAUGGCACCAUGGUAGGCGCGAGCGUCAUUCCGCCUGAGGCAAGAACGUCGAUAUGUGGCUGAAGCAGCGCCACACUCCGACAACCAACAUGAAAUGACUGGACUGCAUUGGACUGGACUGGACCUCAGAAGAUCGAACGAGCUUUCUCACCGGACCGAUCUGCCGACUCACCAUCAGUCCUCUGAGGGCUUCCUGCCAAGCAUUCUGCACCGCAUCGAUGGCUUCCCGUGGACAAUGCUCGAUCCGGUAGUACGUGUAACAGACUACUACAGCAUAGCUUCGAGAGAUGGCUCGAUAUCCGGCUUUCGAUGACUACAAGCAAAGCGGAAACUAUCAAGCUGGCAUUCAACGUUGCGAUGCUCUUCUCCAAAGGAAGCCCAAGGACGUCCAACUUCUAACGACCAAGCUAUCCUUGCUCUACGCCAUCCGGAGUCAUGAGGCGCAACGAGUGCUCGAACAGCUGCUCGCAAUACAGCCACCUAUCCAGGGUCAGCAGGAGCUGAUUGCGAUCGAGGAUGCCGUUACGGAUUCACAGCGUCAUGUGUUUCCGCAGCCAUGGACCGCAGGUCCUUCUGUAGCGAAGUUGUGGGAGAACGCGGUCAAGGCCACGCCUUCUGCCACCCAGAGAUUCGACACCGGAUCUCUACGUUUCGAACGAGCGGUUAUGGACAACCGUAUACAGGACGCUCAACAAGCGCUCAUUCAGCUCAAGGUCAUCCAGCCUAAGAACCGAGUGGUCUACAUGGCUCAUGCAGCGUUCACGCAGUUGCUGUCCACCUCCAACGAAGACUUACAAGCUCGACUAGCGAUUGGUCUAGCGCGUAAAGCGGUAACCGAAAAGCUCGACAACGAUCAAUCUCUGGAUUGUCGAGUGCCGGGUCAGGUGUUUGCCCUGCAACGGUCGGAAAAGGAUCUUGAGAGCAUCAGUGGGCGACGUUUUCGAGACAGCAAGCAAGUGUUUGAUGCUCAUCGGAGCAGGCCACAGAAUUCCACACACGGAAUCGAGAAGCCGGUUGCCGUCAUCGAUCCGUCUGUCGUACCAGCCAAGGAGUGGCUAGCAGCUGAGGUCAGUAUGCUGAAACAGAACUUUACUUCUAUCAUUCAAUCGCAUUGCUCAACGGACGUCCUUCGGUCUUUCGCCACCAACGCUAUGAGCCUCUUCCGCUGUUCGAUUGGACCUCUUUCGCAAGGUGCACGCCGACUGCCCGCAGAUGCCUGCUUUCUAGGUGUCUCCGCUCUGGUGCGUCUAUGGGAGCAGACAGACCUUACCGAACACCUACUCCGAGCAUCUUUCCUACUUGAGCGACUACUUGUUUAUGACGAGCACAUCCACGAAGCAAGGCUCGUAUUGACGUACCUCUACAUGCGUCUCGGGCUCGGGAGCUUGGCAAUGAAGUACUUCACGUCCUUGAGGGUGAAGGGGAUCCAGCAGGAAACUGUUGGCCACGUCAUCUAUACACGCCUGUCACUUGUACAUCCCCACGACUCGAGAUGGAAUUCUGAGGGCGCCGAGGCUGAGAGAGCUCACAUGGAUCCUGUCGCACAGCUGCUCCGCGCUCAAGCCGAUUAUGUUGACGAGGAAGAGAGUAUCGCAGGUAUUGAGGCGAAUAUUCUAAGUCAUGGCCAGACUGGCAUGAUCUUCGAUCUGCAGGAGCUACGGGAUCACUUGCGGAGCAGCAUGACGCGUCGUAUAAUGACGCUAGAAAGACGGCGAUGUUGUCGGAUGCAGCAAGUGAAGAUCACAGACGUGGAUACAAUACAGCAGAUGGGUCCGAGGACUUGCCAGAACUGGAUCAAAACGGUAGAUAUGCGCGACUUCGCCGCGGCGUUCGAUUAUGGCUACAAUGUUGAACGAGCGUUACAUGCCCGAGGCGGCACUCUGCCGGGCACGGCUUGGCUGCUCUACGGCCUCGCUGCUGAUGCUGCGUGGUGCCUCGGUGUGGACGCGCCACCGCUCGUGCAGGAUGCUGAGCAGCUGUUAUCAGUGAUCGAAGCGCUUAAGAAGAGUAUCAGUGUGGAGGACGUCCCAUCGACGGAGAGCGCAGCGUCCAGAUUUGGCCUCACUUCAGCGGAGUUCCUCGCAGGCGAAGCAGCAUGCAGAGCAUUAACGGUCGCUCUCAUGCUGCACUCUAUGAACAUGACCGAGUUUGACGGCGAUCAUCUCGCAAACGCCGUUGAGUCAGUACGUGCCGCAGUAGAAGCGAUCAACGUCGAAAUGAUGCUCUCGACGCCCGAUCAAGUGACCGACAGACUGUUCGACUGCUACACGGCAGCCGACGCAUGCUAUGCUGUGUUUUCCGCCUGCGACGUUCGGAACAAUGACCGCAUUUCAGGACCGGUCAUGACAUCUUUACGCUCGCUGCGAGACCACGUCAAGCAGCUCUUGGCGUCUCUACAUGGCCACGCGAAGCAGCAACAGACUCUCAUCUUCCCGGAUGUGGUGGUCGACCGGUUCCAAGGUGAUGCUCAGAUGUCCCUGGCACUGCAAGGCUUUGGUGGCAUCGGCGAGUUCUGCAAAGGUGUAGCAGCAUCUGCCCGAGAGGGUUGGGAAGGCAUAUGCUAGAGCAACACCGACGUUGCCACCGGAACAUGACCUGCCCCGCGCCCUGUCGUCAGCAUGUCGGAGGAGAGGGCUCGCUUAUAAUAAUUACAAAGUCGCAGGCCA